AUGUUGCCUUGGCAUCUGACCGAUGCUCCAGUCAGUUCACACGCUCUUUGCUGGACUUGGAGUAGCGCCGAACUGCCAUUCGUCAAAGCGACAAACUACUCGACUCUGACGAUGAUGACGACGACGCCGGUGAAGAGUGUUCGAGUGUUUUGCCAAAAGCAGUGGGGACACCAACGGCCUGAAAACUGGGCAGGACUAGGUCAAGGCAAAUCAUUUUUAGAAGAGGAAUAUGAUGCAUGA